UUGUACUUGAUAUCGUAAUUUUAAAAAUUCACCUUUAAAAGGAAAGAACGUUUUGCAAUUGAAAUAAAAUUACAAUGCAUUCAACAAAGUUAUCAAGCUACAGCAAUUCAAGCGAUGACAGUGAUUUAGAUACAUUAAGGUCGGAUUCGACCUUUCUGCCUGUUUAUUCUCCGCUGAAGAAUUCGCUGGGGGAUCAUCAAAAAGAACUUGAAAGUUAUUUAAUGGGCGAUUACUCGAAAAAUGCCAAAAACGCGAGUGAUUGUAGAACCAAUGUUGAAAACGAGUUUCCUAUGAUGACCGAAGAAGAAGCGAGCAAGCUCAUUAACUUGGCUGCAACAAUCCUUCAAGCUCAAAUUAGAGGAUUUUUAGUCCGUCGCAGAUUCAAUUUUAUGGAGUACAAGAGAUUAAAUGUUGCUGCUAUGAAAAUACAGGCUGCUUGGAGAGGUUAUUACUUUCGAAAGUACAGUGCAAGAGGAUUGAGUUUGAGGAAUGAGAUACGUGUGAAAAGAUUACAGAAAUAUAUAUGCACCUUGUGUAUGGUUAUUCAAAAAAAAAAUACAGAACAUGAAAAUGAAACUUCCAGACUCUUGGAAAUAAUUUCCCUACUCUGUUGUAAGCUUGAGAAAGUUACAGAAAAAGUUGACAAAUUUGACAUAGUUAACGACGAAGAGUGUAAACCAAAGAUGAAAUGUAAAGACUCAGAUGUGGAUCCUGUAUUUUAUCCUCAUCCUCGAUUCUCGAAAAUGUCAGAACUGAAUAAAAACACCAAUGACAUUUCCGGCCAAAGUUUUACCCAUAAUUCAGAGAUAGCUUUAACAAAGAGAAUGAAGAUGGAUGGCUUGAGACUUGACAGCACAUCUAGGAAAUGUGGUAAAAAUUCAAGCGACGAUAAACUCGAUGUUUUUGAUGCAGCGAAAACAGGAUUUCAUGGGAACAACGUGGAUAAUUCAAAAAAUCAUAAAGCGGAGGAGAUUGGGACAAUUGUGGAUAAGAGUUGGAUAAAGUUUGAUAAUACAGGUCCAGCGAAGGACAUGUCAGAAAUCUACGAGAGUUCUUUUGAUGUACAUGAGAACGAUACAUCAACUAUGGUGGUGGAUGUUGUCAAACAUGAUAAUAUAGACGAGAGUCAUGUGUUGAUAGAGGGGGAUAACGUGGAUAUGGAUGCAGGUAGCCCUGACGAAGGCAAUACACUCGAGGAUAAUGGUGAUUGUUUUGAGGAUACAAAAACAUUCCAAGAUUCAUCCGAUCAUCUUAAUUCUCAGUCUAGCAGCGGUAUUGCAGCAUUUACAGAGGAUAAUGAUGGAUCGAGCAUGAUAGAGUCCAAAGAAUUCGACGCGACGGUCGAUGUUUGUGAUUUGUUAAAAACUAUCGACACCGAUAGGAAAUUGCCAAAGGAUGAAACUGUAAUCCCAGAUGCAAAUGAAGAAAGUUUAGAGUCAAUGAAGAAUAGCGAAGGAUCUUCUAUUGAGCAAACGCUAAACAAGGAGAUGAAUGAAGAAAAUGCUGAAAGGAAUGAUGGAAGCCAUGUUGGCGAUGUUUCCAUGGUGAAAGAGGUAUCGGACAACGUCAUAGACGUCGUAAGCCUGAGUAAUAUCACUGAUAUUGAUAAAAUGUCCCGCAAGAAUGGGGACGUCGAUGUACCUAUAAGCAUCGUUGAGGAUCAAUUGAAAGAUGGCGAUAGCAAUGCUGAGUUUGUUUCAAUGCAGACUGAGGAUAUGGAAGGAUGUUUUGAGGGAAAUUUGAGUAAAGUAGGAAAUAUUCAGUCUGAGAAUCAUUCAUUGGAUGGCCGUAUGAAGGAUAGUGAAAGCAGUAUAGAGAUGAUUGUAGGGAGCACUGAUGAUUACGUGAGGGACAUAGAGGAUGGUAGUGAUAAUCGUGAAAGUGAUAAUGUGUAUGAUGUGGUGCAAUCUGACGAUCAUUACAGCGAGGAUAGCGUAGCUGUAAUUGAGAUUGGCGAUAGAGUGAGCAAUAUGGAUAAUGUGGAGAAAGAUAUGGAAAGCAUUGAGGAUAAAAAGCAACUUACACACGUAGUUUUGACAGUGGAUGACCACGAUGAAAUGUCAAGGAGUAUAGGGAACUUUGAUAACAGUAGUAUAGCGACAUGUAUUGAGUACGGUGAUGUGAAGGAUGCACAGGAUCAUAUAGGGUCAGUGAAAUUUGAUGGAAAGGUUGAAUUAGCAACAACGAAGGAUUUUAAUAACACCGAGGUCAAUUUAAGAAUAUUUGAUAAUGGUGAAAGGUCUAUUGAUGAAAAUCCUUGUAACCAUAGCGAAACAUCUCUGCAUGUCAUUGACGCUGACCAUGAUACAACGACGGCUCACAUCGAUAACAAGUUAUCACAUGAAGAAGGGAAAACUUUAGAUUGUGAACAAAAUAACAGACGUUCGAGUUUGACUGAACGCGCUUCCACGUUGUUGUCUGCCCUUAAGAACGAAAUCAUCAAUCUUAGUGUGAAAGAUUACAAUCAACAAGAUUAAUAAAAUCUUUGCCGUCGUAAAACAUAUCAAAGUUGAUGUUGCAAACCUUACUUAUUAAAAUUGAUAUUACUGAUUUCUUGUACCCAAUACUUUUGAUAAAAUAAAUAUUCAAAUUUCUCUUA